AUGGUCAGAACAGCGGUGACCAUCGGUGCUGCAUGUGGUACGUUCUGUGUGAUCGCCUGUCUUUGGGCAGCAAUCGUCAUCACUAAUGACAUCAAUGCCAUGUACGAUGAUGUCAUGGGAGAGCUUGGGUCUUUCCGAAACGUCGCCGAUGACACCUGGGAUGACAUGAUGGUAAUGCGUAACGGUGGCACCACUGCUGAACAGUACGUGCGUGGUAUCUUCGGUCGACAGAAGAGAAACAGCAAUCAGUGCAGCUGUGGCCUCCCAGCCCAGAACUGCCCACCUGGACCACCCGGACCUCCCGGUAUGCCCGGUGAGCCAGGAGAGACUGGACCUGACGGCAAGAAUGGACCAACUGGACUGCCUGGUCUGAACAUUGUCACACCCAACGACUAUCCUAAGGGAUGCAUCAAGUGCCCUGCCGGACCUCCUGGACCCGAUGGACUGCCAGGACAGGAAGGAUUCCAAGGAAUGCCUGGAAAGCCUGGAGAGCUUGGAGCUCCCGGAAAAGAUGGAGAGCCAGGACAGCAAGGAGACCAAGGAGAUCAGGGACAACCAGGAAACGAAGGACAGCCAGGAAUGCCUGGUGCUCCAGGAAGAGACUGUCUCACAGGAAAGGGUAUGCCUGGCAUGCCGGGCCGUCCAGGUCUUCCAGGACCUCGCGGAGCUCCCGGUAACGAUGGACCUCAAGGAGAACCAGGUGCUGAUGGCAUCACCGGACCUCAAGGACAACCUGGAAAGGAUGGAUUCAAUGGAAUGGAUGGUACACCAGGACAGGCUGGACCUCAAGGAAACGUCGGUGGAGAUGCCGAGUACUGCCCUUGCCCCGAGAGAAAGAGAAGACUCUAA